AAAUCCAAGCCCCAACCUUAGCCGGAACCAACCAAACGCAGGCGAUGCUGCGGGUGGUGGGCUCGUCGUUGCCCCGCCGCCUUCCUCCGCUUCUCCCCCGCGCGAUCUCUCCAACGCUCUCGCGCCGCCGAGCUCUCCUCCUUCUCCUCUCCUCCUCCUUCGGCUUCGGGGCCCCUUCCUGCUGUCGCGGCUCUUCCCUUGCGCACUCCUACGCCUCCAUGGCGGCGCCGCCGGUGGCGAAGAAGGUGCCGCUUGAGCUCGUCGACCACGGCGACGUCCGCGUCGACAACUACUACUGGCUCCGCGACGACUCCCGAUCCGACCCGGACGUCCUCGCACACCUCCGCGCCGAGAACGACUACACGGCCGCCGUCAUGUCCGAUGUCAAGCAACUCGAGGAUGAAAUAUAUGCUGAAAUCAGAGGAAGAAUUAAGGAAGACGAUAUAGAUGCACCUCUUCGCAAAGGGCAUUACUACUACUAUGAAAGGACAUUGGCUGGCAAGGAGUAUGCACAACACUGUAGGCGCCUUGUACCGACCGAUGCUCCAAUUACAGUCCACGACGUGAUGCCCACAGGACCUGAUGCUCCUGUUGAGCAUAUUAUUCUAGAUGAGAAUGUCAAGGCUGAGGGCCAUGAUUACUACAGCAUUGGUGCUUUCAAGGUCAGUCCCAACAAUAAGCUAGUGGCUUACGCAGAAGACACUAAAGGCGAUGAAAUUUACACUGUCUAUGUCAUUGACGCCGAGAGUGGACAAUAUGUUGGGCAACCACUUAAAGGAAUUACUUCUGACAUUGAGUGGGCUGGUGAUGAUCACCUUGUUUACAUUACAAUGGAUAGCAUUCUUCGGCCAGAUAAAGUAUGGCUGCAUAAGCUAGGGUCUGAUCAAUCAAGCGAUGCUUGUCUUUAUCAUGAGAAAGAUGACACAUUUUCUCUUGGCCUUCAAGCCUCUGAAAGCAAGAAAUAUUUAUUUGUUGAGUCUGAAAGCAAAAACACUAGCUUUAUAUUCUACCUGGACACAUCCAAACAGAACAAGGAACUUGCGGUUUUGACGCCUCGUGUGUAUGGCAUUGAUACAACAGCUAGUCAUCGUGGAAAUCAUUUCUUUAUUAUGAGGCGAAGUGAUGAAUUUUACAAUUCUGAAUUGGUUGCUUGCCCACUGGAUAAUGUAGCUGAGACCACUGUACUGCUACCGCAUAGAGAAAGUGUGAAAAUACAGGACUUCCAGCUCUUUGACAACCAUAUUGCUGUAUACGAGCGUGAGAAUGGCCUGCGCAAAGUAACCGUAUACCGGCUACCUGCUAUUGGAGAGUCAAUUGGACAACUUCAGGGAGGUCGGACGAUUGAUUUUAUUGAUCCAACAUAUGCUGUGGACCCUGAGGAGUCACAGUUUCAUUCCACUGUUCUUCGAUUUCAUUAUAGCUCAAUGAGGACCCCACCCUCUGUUUACGACUAUGAUAUGGAUUCAGGGGUGUCUGUGCUGAAGAAGAUUGACCCUGUUUUAGGUGGAUUUGAUGCAUCAAAUUAUGUAACAGAAAGGAAGUGGGCUGCUGCAGCCGAUGGCACUCAGAUCCCCAUGUCCAUUCUAUACAGAAAAGAUCUUGUGAAGCUUGAUGGCUCAGACCCUUUGCUGCUAUAUGGCUAUGGCUCCUACGAGAUUUGCAUUGAUCCGAGUUUCAGAGGAUCAAGAUUCUCUCUAGUUGAUAGGGGUCUUAUAUAUGUGAUAGCUCAUAUUCGUGGUGGUGGUGAAAUGGGCCGGAAAUGGUAUGAGGAUGGGAAGCUUUUGAAGAAGAAGAACACUUUUACCGAUUUCAUUGAUUGUGCCGAGCACUUGAUAAGAAACAAAUACUGUUCCAAGGAAAAGCUUUGCAUCAAUGGCAGAAGUGCAGGUGGCUUACUGAUGGGUGCUGUCCUAAAUAUGAGGCCUGACUUAUUCAAGGCUGCUGUUGCUGGAGUCCCUUUUGUUGAUGUUGUGACAACUAUGCUUGAUCCAACUAUCCCCCUGACAACAGCUGAAUGGGAGGAGUGGGGUGAUCCAAGAAAAGAAGAAUACUACUACUAUAUGAAAUCGUACUCUCCUGUUGACAAUGUGGCAGCACAAGGGUAUCCCAACAUUCUUGUCACCGCUGGCUUAAACGAUCCUCGCGUGAUGUACUCUGAACCGGCGAAAUACGUGGCGAAGCUGAGGGAGCUGAAGACGGACGGCAAUCUCCUGUUGUUCAGGUGCGAGCUGGGUGCCGGACACUUCUCCAAGUCGGGAAGGUUCGAGAAAUUACAGGAAGAUGCGUUCACUUACGCGUUUAUCCUCAAGGCGCUGGGCGUAUGAUUGGAUUGGGUGUUAGGUUGUUGAUGUGUUGUGCGUUCCUCUGGAGUUGUGAGAAAUAUGAUUGGACAGUAAAGUAUGGCGGGGUGUUUUGUUUUCUUUUAUCUUUGGCUGGGAGCCUGAAGAGGAGAGUAGAAUGAAUUUGUUGAUCGAUCAUCAUCAUAUUCAAAUUGGCAUGCCGGCCAUGUCAUGUGGCAUGAGUUGCUGGGCCCUGGGCCCGGGCAGGCAGAAAGAAAGGAGGAGGAUGCCAUUGCCGCAGCUGCUGCGCAGUGGCAGCCAAAAGUGAGUGGGUUGGGUCGGGGGUGGCUCAGCUGGGACGGGACUGGACGGGAGGGAGCAUCGCCGUCGUCUCGUCAGGAAGGAAGGCCCAGGAAUCCAUGGAAUGGGUCAAGUCAGGUUGUCGUGCUCGUGCUCUGCUCGUUCGUGGCGGCUGCCGGCAGACAUCCAUCGUACAGCCUGCCUGUCUUGUCUUGACCAGGUUGCUGCUUUGCUUGAUUGCUACAAGGGUUGUGUUGCGUUGUGUUGAGCGAGGCAUGAAUACUCUCUUUAAGAGUCCAUCAUAUAUAAUUAAUAUUACUUGUUGUUGGAAGAAUUCAAUUA